GGAGACUGACUCGUCACAGCUUGUCAGGCCGAAGUCGAAAUAGAAUUGGCCCAUGUAUUACAAGUUGCUCAAUGGACAGUAAAAGGCAGAGAAAUUCAUUCGAAUGGUCGUCAGAUAUACUCAAGCAUAUUCCUCCGGAGGUUGCAUGCCGAGAACAAAAGAGGAAGUCAUCGAUGGACAAAACAUACAGCAGCAGGGAUUCCCACGUGGUCACCCACCGUAGUACUAAUCUGCCGUUCAACUGCUUAUGUAUGGCAGAGCGGACGGGAUGCCCAGUUUUCAGCUGA